UUAAAAGUUGUUAGUUUCAUCACAAUGAAUGUAAACAUGUGAUCAUUCGUUCAAAAACAAUAACACACGUGAUCCUAGAUUUUGCAGUCAUCGGGAGAACAAAUCCUUCAUGCAAACUGCACCUACUAUCAAGAAGAAGAUCCUAGAUUUGGGCAUGGUAGAUGAUACAGAAAGCAGUACAAUGUCUGUCACAAAUCCUUUUACUACGGCAGCAUUAAGACCACAAGUCAGUAGAAUAAAUAUGCCUGGAAGAUCGACCCCAGCCAGCAUACUAGCAGAUUCGUUCUUGGCUCCUGAAAACUAUCUUUACUUACCAGAUGUACCAAGAAUAACUCUGGACAAUAAUGAUGAAGGUCUCCAGACACUAGCAAUUUUAGCUAAAGAGAACCUUCAUCGUGAAUAUUUGAAAAUAAACUCAGCUCUCCAGAAAAAAUGUGAAUAUAUGAAGCGAAGUUUAAAUAUUGAGGACCUAAAUUAUCUGAAGCCUUCAAACAAGAAAGGAAAAGGAGAAAAUUACUGCAGGAUUAUUGAAAUCAAUCAAACAACGUUCAAACUUAUCAUAAGGUAAUUUUUUAUUUAGUUAUUUAUUCCAUGACCCAUGUUUGUGUGUUCCUAUAUCAUAGUUUAAUGAUAGGUUUAUUUGCUAGUGUAGAUUUCAUUUUGCCUCAGACUUAAAAUUAUUUAGGUUCUUGGUGUUUUAUUAUUCAAAAUUUGUUUAUAGAUAAUCCAAGGUUAUAGUCAACUUCUCCUUUGAAAACAGAUAUUUACCUGAAUGCCACAAACUCUAGUAGCCUAGAAGAGUACAGGAAGCCCGCGGCUUGUUGAAAUUCCCCCCAUUUGCCUUUAUGAUCUUUUUUUGGGUAUAUUUAGAAAUUCCGCACAGUUUUGGCAGUUACAGCUCUGGUGGGUAGGCAGUUCCAUGUGUUAAUAACCCUCUGGAUCAAAAAUAAUUUCCUGUUGUCAGCCCUACAUUUUGCUUUGUUGAACUUGAAACUGUUGCUCUUUGUUUGUAUUACAUCUGAACCAAACUAGCCAAACUUUUUUUUAUAAUGUCAUUGACUGCUUCAUAUCUGGCAAUUUUUCCCUGUGUCUUAUGACAGAUUAGGCCAUGGCUGCCAUAUUGGUCUGCCCUUGCAUAGCAGCAAAUACACUGGUGUUCGGUGGAGAUAGGGGCAGCGAUGGUCAUAGACAGCAAAAAAAUGUAGAUAGUUUACAAAUUAAAAAUAGAUAAAGUGUUGUGGAAUUACCAUACUUAAAGGUUGAUUUUCUGCCAAACAGCCCUUCUGCCUGCUUCUCUUUCACCUCCACACAUUCAAAGUUCUCACUUCUCAACUAGUGUACCAACAUAUACUCAAACAUAUUUACCAGCUGCAGAACAAACACCAAAAUCAUUGAAUUCUGUACUUGCUGCAGAACUGGAGGAAAUUUAUGAUUCUCAAGCAAGCAUUUCUGAUUGGCAAAAAAAGAAGAAAAAAUAGUGAGAUUAAAUGGGGAGAACAUAGGUCAAUGUUGUUUAGCUGGACAUUGUCGAAGUUGAGUGUUCCAGAUAAAGGUAAAUAACAUCUUUAGUGUGUAAUUAUGGAUAAAUUUCAGUGUAUUUAUGAAAUGCAUGAUUAAUGUCAAUCUUUGAAUACACUUAGAUGUUUGUCAUUUUUAAACUUGGUAUACAAUAUUUCUAAAUCCAGUAUUACCAUUCAAAGUACAUAAUUACAUUAUUUAUUGGAAAACCAGGCAAAUGUUUUGUACAAUGUAGAAGUUGUGAGGCAAGCAUAAAAUGUGAAGACUGCUUUCAAUUUUGUGUGUCAUAAAUGUGAUCAGCAGCAGCAUUUUGUAAUGCCUUUCCACCAGCGAUUCUGCUGGAAAAAUGGGUUCUUCGAGCCUUUAGACCCAACACAAACUGUGUGUUCAGAUGGGAAUGUCAUUCACUGGAAGCCUGUUGUACCAGCACAUCCACCUAAUUCCUGCCCGAACUGCAGUGAGAGCAAGUUCACAACUUUAAGCUUCAAUAAUUUGUGCAUCUUUGUAACUUUAAGUGGAAGGCAUGAUCUGUAUACCCCAAUAUUUAGGUGCAAGUGCGGAUAUGUAGAUGAAGAACUUGGGAAAGCCAUGCACCAGUCUGGUUUUUAUUCAACUGGAAGAAAUAGUAGCACUUUCUACAGCAUAAAUCUAUUGGAUUCCUGGCAUUUUCUCAAGAGAAGCAGCCCUGGAACUUCUCUGCAGGCAUUAGUUAGUGCACUGGAAUUAUUUGGUGCUUCUCGAGGGCGUCAUGGUCCCAUCAAUUUUGAGACAACAAAAAGAGUCUUCUUUGAAUGGCGUUUCCAUCAGUAUGAACUUGGGAGAAUAAAAGGAGAAUUUGACAAGGGGUGCCCUGCAUGUGAUACAACACCUGUGGCUGUACAUAUUGAUGGCAACAAGAAACUGUAUCGUUACAACAAAGUUGGGAGAGGGAUCAGAAACUCAUAUUAUUUUGGUGGUAUCUUCGCUUGUGACAAAGAAGUUCAAGAUCACGUUUCCACUAUUCAGAACCUUAAAACUCAAGUUUUGUAUGGAGGGCGGUGGCAAGAAGGAAGUGGCCUGACAUCUGGGGAGGAGGCAGAGCAAGUAUUUUCCUACCUUUCAAGAUAUAACAACAACACUAAGAACAUGCUUAAAGCUGGCCACAGAGACAGCUGCAGCAGUUUCAAAUGAGAUUCACAGGCUUAAUGUCCCAGAAUCUGUUAUUGAGAAAUGGAGAUGAAAAUUACUGAUCAUUGCAAGAUCCUUAAAUAACAGAUCCUCUGCCAAUAACAUUGAGCAUACUAUCGAGGCAUAUGGAGAGAAUAUAAGGCAUCGCAAAAAUCAGAUUACAGUACCACUUAUGCAGUUUCAUCUAAAAUGAGAGCUGUAUUGAGAAACAAAAAUGAAGUUGAGAAAAAAAACUACGAGAUCUCAUAAAAAUCUACAAUCAGAACCAUCCGGAUUUGUCUGAAGCAGAUGUUUUAACUGGCAUCCUUCCAUGGCACAAUUUAUUGCUUCAUCAAAACACAAGUGUGUCCCUGACUAAAAAAAGAAGUGCAGUGGAAAAGUUUGAGCUCCAGAAGCGAUGUAGAGAGGAGGAAUCACUAACCAUUCAAGAAAUGAUAACAUGGUUACAGUACUACAAAAAGAAAAGGGACAAACUAUCCGAGUAUAUUCAAGAAUUACAAUGUGAUUCUUUCCCUUCAUGUCUCUGCAAGGAUUCUAACACGUACACCAUUGAAAACCCAAUUCUGUCAGAAGAAGAGAAACGUGGAUUAUUGGCUCUUCUCAAUCAGGGUCAAAAGCAAUGUGCUGACAAACUUACUGAAGCCAAACAUUUAUUUAGUUCCUACCAGCCAAAUGAGGUCUAUGAGCCUUUCUUGGAGCUCUUAGAAAGUGAUGAAGAUGAAGACAUGUAUUUGCAAAAUGAAUAGAUACAAAUGAACAAAUUCACAAGGGCCAUGAUGAGGGUUCGAACCUAUGUCCGAGAGGAUCCCACACGAGCCUUAAUGGACUGUGUUACGACAUGGCAAAAGAAUUCCAACCGGGAGUUCAACUGACCACAAUCAUAGAUUUAAGGCAUCACGCUAUUGUGAUUUCUGUGUUUAACAAAUAGAUACAAGAUAGGCUUUUAAAUUUUUAAAUUUUUACUUACUUUUGUCCUGUUGCUUGGUUACAUGAAUUGACCACACAAAUUAUGUUGCUUAGUUACAGAGAUUCUUAUAACUACAUGAAUUUUGUUGUUCAUUUAUAAGCCCAUUAUGUGCCUUUAAAAAUUUCCACUGCCACUCACAGGAUGGGUAUGUUGUGCAUAAUAAAUAAACUAAACUAAUAUUUUAUAUGCAUAUACUUUUGUCUUUUAAUACAAUAAAACUGGAUUAUAUUAAAAUAUUUUCCU